AUGGCGACUUUGGUGACUAUGACUAAUACACCGUCACCAAAAUCCUCCCUUGCCAAACUGGUAAUGUACCCCAAGCAAAAGCCCUUCAAAAUUAUGGUAUUGGGUCAAUCUGGUGUUGGAAAAUCUGCUUUAGUAGUGCGAUUCAUUACAAAGCGUUUCAUUGGUGAAUACGAUCCCAAUUUAGAAAAGAUUUACGCUUUCCAAACAGUUAUUGAUAACGAGAUGGUUUACUUUGAAAUACUCGAUUCAGCUGGAGAACCUCAUGAAAGCGAGUAUGCAAACUUAGAGAACAACAUUCGAUGGGCGGAGGCGUUUAUAUUGAUGUACUCAGUCACAGAUAAAUGUUCCUUUGACGAGUGCCACCGUCUUAAGUUCCUCAUUAAUUACAACAAGAGAAGGCGUAGACUAUCGUCCACGAAGGACAGCGUAUUGGAGACUCCUGUGGUGCUGGUAGGCAACAAAACGGACCAGAUCGGCGACCGCAUGGUCAGCACGGAGGAAGGCCAGCGCCGCAGCAAGGAGAUAGGCUGCGUUUGUUUCCACGAAAUCUCAGUCCGAGAGAGCAUUGACCAGGUAUGGGGAGUCUUCCGCGACGCGCGUCGAUUCUGGCGUGUGGGCAGCAAAUGGACGCGAGGUCGGUCCGACGCACACUCGCAGACCACAUUAAUGGGCCGACCUCUCUCGCGAGCUGCAUCAGACUCGGCACCCGAGCCUCCCGCCACGCCCUUCUGUCGGCGUUGGACGGAAGUAGAGUUGGACGAAGAGGACGAGGUAGGUGUAGUACGUAGUGACUCCAACUCCUCUUCGGGGCUGUCUGAAGGUGCUGAGGAAUUCCGCGGCCGCGCCAGCACUGACUCACGACUGCCGCCAAGACCAGCCAGGGCCAGACACCCAGGCCCUACGAGGACGGUCCCACCCCCCGUUAGGCGAAUGAGUGUGUCAAUGAAGGUACUUGAGCAUAUAGACUGCGAGCGUCUAGCAAAGACUGUUACCAAACGUGCGGUGGUACUUACAAACUUCAUGCUCACCAAUCUAAUGGAAGCGAUCGCUCAGAUGCUCUCGGGUACAACACUCCUGACGACGUUGCUACUAGAGGGUCUACCAUUAAAGAUACCUUACUUGAAUCCACUUUGUGAGGCACUGUUAGUAAACAGUUCUCUCCAACACUUGUACCUUCCACGAUGUCUCGUCGGAGAUGCGGGCUGCCUGGCAAUUUGCAAGGCGGUGCGUUGCCUCCCCAACAUUCUUACACUCGACUUAUCUGGGUGUGAACUGACGCCGCUUGGUGCUGGUUAUUUAGCCGAUUUGCUUAAGUACCAGAAAAUCCAUCGCUACAGCGAGAACUGGGUGCAGACACUGCGUUACCGGCUGCCGGAACUUGAUACGAUGGCAGGACUACGGCGUAUCACGCUAUGCGGCAACACACAGCUCACUGAUAGAGGCUUUGCAACACUAGCCGACGUGUUAGCGGACGACCUAUGGAUCAAAGCUCUGGAUGUUCAGAACUGCGGGCUGACGGAGCAGAGCGUGACCGCAGCGCUGCGAACGAUGCAAUCCAACAGCACCCUGGUGGUGUUGGACUUGAGACACAAUCCAGACGUUAGCAUCGAAUCCGUCUCAAAAUUACGGGCGGCUCUUAGGAACAACGAAAGGGGCAUUGCCAGCCAGUAUUCGUGGUUAGCUGGCACAUCCAGUGACGGGAGAUCAGUUAGGUCAAUAGGAAAUAAGAAUGGUAUGGUAAAGGAGCGAGUAGCAUCAACCGUAAGAAAUAUGCCAAAUAAGUACAGCAACAAGAUAAAUGUAGUGAAAAAAGAAAAAGAUUACACGGAAAUUCUAGAAGAGCAACUCCAAGACGAGAUUUCACAUCGGCAGCAACUAGAGGAACUGAACAUUCAGCUGAUCGACCAGAUGAAACAGUUGAAGCAACAGCAGAUGCGUUUGUGGGCCAACGCAGCCAAUUCGUCAGGUUCGGAACAGUCGUUGGCGCCGAGCUCUUUAUCGGGCGAGUUGUCCAGCAGCUCUGGUUCAUCGCGUUCAGUGCCCAUUGAGCAGAGCACGCUCUCCUACAUACAGCAGGCAUUCCGUGACAUUUAUGCGUUCAUUAAGAACAACCAGUGUCAUGGAAAAUGCCUUAAUGAAAAACCAGAGCUUCUGACGACUAAAGUGACAGAAGUUGAGGAAACGGAACAAUCAGGCUUGGCCGCAGUCAUGUUACCAAAGAAAGCUCCGAGCACACCUUUGAAACUGCUAGAAAGCACGCGGAUGAAAAAGAUAACGAAAUCCGCCCAUUUACUUGGUGAGAUACAGCAUACGAGAGAGGAUAUCGAAAUGAAUUCCGAUAUGUUCGAGAAACAAAUAGGAGAUACAAGAGACACAAACAAUGUGGAUUUGAAUGCUUUGGGUGAAAUCGUCGCAGGACAGAAUAAAGGAAAAAAGGGCAAUAUAAACGAGCGUAGCCCAUGUGGGAGUAUGGUGAGCGACUCGUCGGACACGCUGGUUUGCUCGCCCGCGCCCAACCCACGCGACGCUUUCAUCUCUUCUGAUGAGGAAGACGACAGCAAC